AUAUUUUUGUAUUCCGAACAACUAAAAAAAAAUUGUUGUUUAUUAUAUUAUGUAUUAUUCAAUUUAACAACAAUAAUGUUAUUCUGAUUAUCGAGUUUCACAAAUUAAACAGUUGAUUAUUUGAUUAUAUAUAUAAUAGUAUAGAAUAACAUUUAUUAAAAUAUAUUAAGUUAUCACACACAAUGGGUUUAAGCAUGAAAACUAAGAUUAUUCUGUUUGCUCUUUAUUCGUUAAUAUUUGUCACAUCUGUUGUAUCGUACUAUGGGUUUACAGGCGGUCAAGAUUCAACGCAUUACUUGACAAUUCAUUCGGGAAACAUUAAUCUUCAAGUAAAAAAUGAAGGUUAUCACAGAGUUCUCCAUACAACCAUAACAGCCGACUAUGAAACAUCAAAUCGUAGAGAUUGUGCAGUUACAUUGCGCUAUGAUUUUCCAGCUGAUAUCUAUGUGGACAAAUAUGAGUUGGCUACCAUUGCCUUAAAUCGCAAAGUGGAAUUUUAUGUUGACAACAAAUUUAUUGACGUAGAAACACCUGCUCAUAAAUCUGAUCCAUUUGUUCUCUAUGUUGUCAAUUAUACACUUCCAGACACAGCAAAUAAAUUGAUAGAAACAGAAUUCCCCAUUCAUUUAAGAUAUCAAAAAGCUGCUGAAGAUAGUCGUUACAAAGAGGUUCGAUUUGGUGAUGCUUAUUCUGAUGUUCAAAUGUUAUACUUGUGUAAAGGACCAAGAAAUUCUAAUUGGAAACAAUUUCCACUCAAUUCUGGUGAAUGGAUUCCUGCCAGUUAUGUAAAAGUUAACAAAGAUGUGGUAAUGUAUGUACCAGUGGGUGAUACCAAUAAUUUGCCAUGGGUGAGUAUCAUUACACAUGGUUCUGUAUUGUUGGGUACAUAUUACAUUCUACGCCGUUUAAUGGCUACUCCGUCACCAGAUAAUUUUGUUAUCAGACUUUCACCUGUUAAAUGUUAAACUAAUCAUAAGAAUACUGGCUGUAAGCUCAUUAGCAAGAAAAUAUUUAAAGAGACUACUUUUUAAGACUACCUAUUUAUUGUGUGUUGUUUAUGUUUAAACUGAUUUAUAUAUUUUAAAUCCCUCCAGAUUUAUAAAAUUGUGUAAUAAAUUAAUUGCAUGUAUCACACAUUUUUUAAAUUCCUAGUUGUUUGGUUAAAUUUUAUGUUACA